GCUUGUGUGUGUGUCUGAGCGAGAGAGAGGGAGAGAGCAGGAGUGAUAAACUGACAGGCAGCUCUACCAUUGUAACUAGAGCAAGCAAGUGUAAGCAACUCUGCGGCCUUUGCCAUGUUGAAAUAAUGUCAGGGAUGCACGGUAGACAUGGAGGUUGUCUGUGGCUAAGCUAGUUUACAUUUUUCAUUCUUGGACAAAGAAAAAGGUGCUCAGCAAUGAGUGCGUCUGCAGGUACUGGUGUGUUCGUGUUCUCCUUGAUGUCCAUUCCAAUCUGCUACUUAUUCAACUCCCUUAUUUACAACAACAGUGCCGAAGCCUUCUUCCUUGCUGGGUGUGCAACAGUUAUCUUCCUGGCCAUUUCUGUACGUUUUAUACUCAAGAGAAAAGCUCCACUGAAUUCUCUUUUCUAUGUUUAUGCAGUCUAUGCAUUCUUCAGUGUGGUGAACUUAAUCAUUGGCCUUGAGCAGGACAACAUCAUUGAUGGAUUUGUGACUUUUUACCUGAAAGAGGCAAAGCCACACAUUAAUACUGCACAUGGACACAUGAUCGCCUAUUGGGAUGGCUGUGUGCAUUAUCUCAUGUAUCUGCUCAUGAUUGCUGCAAUUACUUGGGGGGAUGACUACAGAGCUAUUGGACUCUACUGGGUAGGGUCUUUUAUUAUGCGUGCCAUAAUCUACAUUCUUGGGAAUGCUGUUGGAAAAUACGAUACUGAAUUUGGUCCUCUCUUCUUCCUUCACAUGCUUUACAUCUCAGUGGCAGUGUGGGCUUGCUUUCGCAUCUUUAGCCAACCUUCCACACAUACAGCUGAGUUGAAGACCAUCCAGGAGGCUCACAAGACGAGCCUGUUACAGAGACCUUUGGAUCUAUUUUUCAUUAUCUACCUCAUCCCAGCUAUGGCUUUCUGUGUCUUCAGAGGUCUGGUUGUCCUGGACUGUUCCAACACAUUGUGUCAGGGCUACACACAGCAUUAUGAACCAUACCUGAAAGACCCCUCUGCCUACCCUAAAAUACAGAUGCUGGUGAGUAUGCUGUACUCAGGACCAUACUACAUCAUGACUCUCUACAGCUUGUUGGUACCAGGAUGUGAGUGGAUGCUGGACCUGGCUCUUGUACACUCAGGGGCAGUAGCACAAGCUCAGUUUUCUCAUAUCGGCGCCUCUCUUCACACACGUACACCAUUCUCCUACAGAGUGCCUGCUGAAAGCCAAGCUGUCUUCUUGGUGGUCAAUGUGCUGUAUGCUGUGGUGCCUCAGGCUCUGUGCUACCGCUGCACUACCAGGCCUGCCUUCUUCCUCAGGUCCAUACCAGACAAGAAAAGUGAAUGAGUGUUACAUUGGAACUAGUGGAAUUAGAAUCCCUAUUAUAGAGGCUGGUGUAUUUGCACAAUACUCCGAAGUUGGUUAAGGAAAUUGCAACAUAACGGAACACGGCAGUACAUUUUGUGAGUGUGUAGCUAGAGCUGGGGGAGGGUGGCAAAUGUAAAGGAUCCUGCAAAGAUUAAUAAAGAAUGUAUUGAUAAUAUCAAUACAUACUUCAUUAAUCCUGUGAGGGAAAUAAAGGACAUACUGUAUGUUGUUUUGUGGGGCUUUAAAUCUCUUUUCGCUGCUUUCUUUUGAAAAUGUUGAUCUAAAUUCAUAAAUCAAGUAAUGGCUUUUACAUUUGUAUUUUUUUACUCAAAAGACAAAUGGAUAAAAUGUGUAUUUUUUGUGGUUGAUAUAAUGACUCAAAGACUAUAUAAUAAAACU